UCCCCGUCCCCUCCCUGUCCCCACACCGUCCCCAUCCCCUCCCUCUCCCCACACCAUUCCCAUCCCCACACUGUCCCCGUCCCCUCCCUGUCCCCACACCAUUCCCAUCCCCACACCGUCCCCAUCCCCUCCCUGUCCCCACACCAUUCCCAUCCCCACACCGUCCCCGUCCCCUCCCUGUCCCCACACCAUUCCCACCCCCACACCGUCCCCGUCCCCUCCCUGUCCCCACACCAUUCCCAUCCCCACACCGUCCCCGUCCCCUCCCUGUCCCCACACCAUUCCCACCCCCACACCGCCCCCGUCCCCUCGCCGCCCCCGUGCCCACGCCGCCCCUCUCCCCUCCCCCAGAGCAUCCUGAAGCUGCUGGUCUCGGGUUCGGGGGGGUCGCGCACGGGGGUGCUGAUCCCCAUCCCGCAGUACCCCCUCUACUCGGCGGCCAUCGCCGAGCUCAGCGCCGUCCAGCUCAACUACUACCUGGACGAGGAGCACUGCUGGGCGCUGGACGUGGCCGAGCUGCGGCGGGCGCUGGCCGAGGGGCGCCGCCACUGCUGCCCCCGCGUCCUCUGCAUCAUCAACCCCGGCAACCCCACCGGCCAGGUGCAGAGCCGGCAGUGCAUCGAGGACGUCAUCAAGUUCGCCUUUGAGGAGAAACUCUUCCUCAUGGCCGACGAGGUGUACCAGGACAACAUCUACGCCGAGGGCUCGGCCUUCCACUCCUUCAAGAAGGUGCUGUUCGAGAUGGGGCCGCCCUACUCGGAGGCGGUGGAGCUGGCCUCCUUCCACUCCAUCUCCAAGGGCUUCAUGGGCGAGUGCGGGUUCCGCAGCGGGUACGUGGAGGUGGUGAACAUGGAUCCCGAGGUGCAGCAGCAGCUGGCCAAACUGGUGUCGGUGCGGCUCUGCCCCCCCGUCCCCGGGCAGAUCCUCCUGGACGCCGUCGUGGCCCCCCCCCAGCCCGGAGAGCCGUCCUAUGAGCUGUUCAUGGCGGAGAAGCAGGCGGUGCUCAGCACCCUGGCGCACAAGGCCCGGCUGACCCAGGAGAUCUUCAACCAGGCGCCCGGCAUCCACUGCAACCCCGUCCAGGGCGCCAUGUACUCCUUCCCCCGCAUCGAGCUGCCGCCCCGCGCCCUGGCCGCCGCCGAGGCGCAGGGUCAGGCCCCCGACAUGUUCUUCUGCAUGAAGCUGCUGGAGGAGACGGGGAUCUGCGUGGUGCCGGGCAGCGGGUUCGGGCAGCGGGAGGGCACCUUCCACUUUCGGAUGACCAUCCUGCCACCCACCGAGAAGCUGCAGGUCCUGCUGGAGAAGCUCAGCGGUUUCUACGCCAAGUUCGUCAAGGAAUACUCCUAACGCCAGCGUCCCCCUCCCCAACCCCGGGACCCCCGCCCCCCCCCGCUGCCCGUCCCCCCCCCAACCAUCGCCCACCACCCCACACUCCUCUCGCCAACCCCCGGGUGCCGCGGGCCGGGACCCUGCCCCGGGUGGUCUUUAGGUGCCUUCAACCUCUUCGUGCCUUCUCUGGGGCGGGGGGGGGGGACACGAGGGCACCCCGUGUCCCGGGGCUGGUCCCGCCCCCACCCAUCGCUGUCCUUGUGUCCCCUGGGGGGGUGUGUGACACAGGGACAGCGGGCAGGGCCAGCUCUUCCCUCAGAAACCCCACUAAUAAACGGGUAGUGACCAGC